UUUCCUUCUCCCUCCUCCCCGCUCCAGUGUUUCUCUCCCCCUUUUCCUUCUCACUUCAACAGAAUGGAAAGUGGAGCUGUCAGGUUCUGUCAUCCUGGAGCCUCCCAGCCACAGUCACACUUUGCUCUGCAAACAUAGCUGCACAGAGUGGCACUGUAUGUUACUGUACUGUGCAUGUAACUUGCCUACUUUUCAUGUCCGUUUCUGGGUCUAGAUUCCAAGAACUGCACAGAAAGCAGGAUACCCGUUUGGAAAACUUGGACCUUUACAACCUGCAGACUGUCAGCACUGUUUCGUUGUACUUGCGUCUCCCUCGUCUACUUAUUUAUCCUCUGACAUCCUCACCUAACCGGUCUUCAACUUAUCAGCAAACAGAACCUUGAUUUCUCUCUGGCCAGUCUACACACCUGUGUACACCUGUAGCUCUCUGGCUGUCAUAGGGGUUCAUCUGACAGCUCGCAUGCUGCCUCCGGUGAUCACGUAUGCUUCCCGUAAUGCAUGUUUCGAAAUGGCACAAAGUCAUAUCAGCUGAUUGGGGAUAUCUGCCUCGUCUUCCACUUUCCUGUCCUGUUUUGUGAGAACACAUCCGAGGGUAGUAGCAACAUGUUGAUAUCUACACUGCCCUCUCUAGUUCUACUGCUUCUAAGUCUUCCUGUGAGUAUAUGGAUGUCCCGACCUGCCCGUGUCUAUCUGUCAUACAAAGAACUCAUGGAGUCCCGCACAGCUCGUUUCUUCAGCUUCGGCUUUAAUACAAGCGACUAUCGGAUCCUUCUUCUAGAUCAGGACCAGGAUCGGAUGUACGUGGGGACCCGUGACUACCUGCUCUCAAUGGACCUUGGCAACAUCAACCGCGAGCCCCUAAUUAUUCAUUGGCCAGCUGCCCCAAGCCGGCAAAAGGAAUGUCUCAUGGCUGGGAGGGGACGUGCAGAUGAAUGCUCCAAUUAUCUGCGCGUCAUUCAGCCUCUGAACCGGACCCAUCUUUACGCUUGCGGGACCGGCGCUUAUCAGCCGCAGUGCACACUUAUCUAUCGGGGCUGGAGGUCUGAGGACUAUGUGUUCAGGAUUGUGUCUGGUUCUCAUGAAUCUGGGAAAGGGAGAUGUCCAUAUGAUCCCAAGCAGGAAAAUAUGGCCACCAUAAUAGAUGGGGUGUUGUACGCUGGGGUACAGGUGGAUUACAUGGGGACGGACUCUGCCAUCUUCCGCACAAUGGGUCACAAACCUCCGAUACGGACAGAACAGUACGACUCUCGCUGGCUGAACGACCCUGUAUUUAUGGGAUCGCUGGUAGUAUCUGAGAGCAGCUUCCGCGAGGAUGACAAGCUUUAUAUAUUAUUCCGAGAGAGGAGCCUGGAGGGGGAGAGCGGCCCAGCGGUGGUGUCGCGGAUUGCGCGCAUUUGUCUGAACGAUGAUGGUGGCCUACGCUCGCUGGUGGGAAAAUGGACAUCUUUUCUCAAGGCAAGACUGGUUUGCUCUGUCAUUGGCCAGGAUGGGGUGGAGACAUCGUUUGACCAGCUGCGUGAUAUUUUCAUUCAGCAGACUCAGGACAAGCAGAACCCACUGAUAUAUGGAGUCUUCACUACACUGGGUUCCGUAUUCCGGGGCUCUGCCGUCUGUGUUUACUCUCUUGCUGACGUCCGUGCUGUGUUUAAUGGGCCAUUCGCACACAAGGAGGGACAUGGGUACCAGAUGACUGCGUACACAGGGAAAACGCCCUAUCCCCGGCCUGGAGCGUGUGCAGGUGGAUUCUCCGUUACCGGCGUUCGCUCCAGUAGGCACUUCGGGGAGGACGUGCUGAGGUUUGUGCGCACACACCCGCUCAUGUACAGCUCAGUGUACCCCGUCAACCGAAGGCCCCUUCUCCUGCUAUCAGAUGCCGUAUACACCUACACCAGCAUUGCCGUGGACAGUGUGCCCGCUGCUGAUGGGGAAUAUACUGUUCUGUUCCUGGGCACAGAUCGUGGUACAGUCCAGAAGGUGAUGAUCCUGCCUAAAGGCCCGGAGGAGACGGAAGGCAUCACUCUAGAGGAGGUGGAAGUGUUUAAAGUAGCGUCACCUGUUAAAAACAUCAGAAUUUCUUCCAAGAGGCACCAGUUAUACGUCUCGUCUGACGCAGGGGUGACCCAGCUCUCUCUCCAUCGCUGUGCUGCCUAUGGAGACUCUUGUGCAGAUUGCUGUCUCUCCAGAGAUCCCUACUGUGCCUGGGAUGGGAAGGCCUGUGCCCGCUAUACCCCCUCACCCAUGAGGCGGAGCCGGCGACAGGACGUCAGACAUGGAGACCCCAUGAGGCAGUGCAGAGGCUAUAACAUGCAAAUGGAUCGCGGAGUCUUGGAGCGGCUGCAGAUUGGGGUGGAGGGAGGAAGCGUGUUCCUGCAGUGUGACACUCACUCGCCCCUGGAGAGCGUUACAUGGCUACUGCAGAGAGAGGGAUCCCAGCAUCGCAAGGAGGUACGGCUUCAUACCAUGGAGGGAGGCGCGAUAUUACGUUUGGUACAGACGAACGACGCAGGCCUCUACACCUGCUUGGGUACAGAAAACGGCUUCCGGCGCUCACGGGGGAAAAUAAGACUUAAUGUGCUGGCCCGGGAACUGCUGGAAAAACUGACAGCUGCCCCUACCCUGUUUCCUCCACCAGCACAAUGCCCACCCGCUCGCAGGCAAAAGCCACGAACACAGAUAGAAAGGAACUGAGGCUGCUAUAAUAUGGGCACGCGGACAGAGAGCGCUGGCCGACAACCGCUCCAGGGCCUCCUUUUUCAACACAAGAGACUUCCAAGUGAUUGGAGACUGCGGGGAAUGGAGCCUACCCUGUGCUGACUACCCGGCAAGCUGGCUGGGAACUGGGCGUGGGGGCCAGUAUGUGUAGAGGAGAGAGAUGUGUUAGUGUUAGUAAGACAUUCCAGAGCGAUACUUUGUAUAGAGAACUGUGUGCGUGUGUGUGAGUGUAUAUAGGGGGAGAUGUAUCAAACCUUGCAAAGAGAUCAAGUAAAGAAUUUGCCCAUAGCAACCAGUCAAGUUCUGUCAUUUCAUAGACUGUGCUAUAUAAAUGAUAGCUUAUAAGCUCAAUGGUUGCUAUGGGCAACUUCUGCACUUUGUCUCUCGAAGGUUUGAUACGUCUGCCCUAUAGUGGGAGCGUGUGAAUUAUUUCUAUUUAUCACAAACACUGGAUGCCAGAUUUCAUGUCUCAACCUGUGAGCAGUUGCCACUUUAUGUAUCAGUCUUGACCUGAAUCACUAUGUUUUUCUGCUAUCUAUGGGGUCUAUGUACUAUGCCUUGAAGAGAGAUAAAGUGGACGGAGAUCAGCUGCGUGACAACGGUUUUAGGUUGGGAGGGGGGUUUAGGUAUAAUUUCAUUUUGGUGCCCCUAAAUCACUGAAUGUCACCCCCUUAGGGGGCAGAUGGACUUACUUGUAACACACACACACACACACACACACACACACACACACACACACACACACACGGGGAAGAGGGGAGGAACAUAUGAAGUGGGAGGGGAGAAAGGCACAGGGCUGGUUCCACAGUAACUGGAAAGGGGAUUAUCUCCAUCCUGACACUGACCCAGUACAUUGGCUCCUCUCGUAUUCUUUUAGGAGGGGCUAUCCCCCUCUGUUCUGACACCUACAACAGAGAUAAAGUACCAGCCAAUCAGCUUCUAACUGCCACGUUACAGGCUGGGUUUGAAAAUUGACAGGCGCAAGUUCGGUGGUACUUUAUCGCCACUGACUUUCUCUCCCUCAAGGGGGUAUAUGUGAUAGGGUCCAAGCAUGCCAGAGGUGUGGGAUGUCGGCUGGGAAUGGCUGCA